AUAGCACCAAUCAUCACACUCACCAAGUAAUCCAGCCGCAGAAAUGCAAAAAUCGUUGACCUCGCAUCGUGUCCUCGUUCUCGACGUCUUUGGUACACUUAUCAACGUGGAGCAAGGCAUCAAGUCAGCCCUCUCAACGUACCCACCUCUGUCUGAUACCCAGAAAGAUACCAGCAAUCGACAAUGGUCUCCUAACGACGCACUUUUGGCUUUCGCAUCUGUCGAGAAAGAUUUAAGUGCUCAGUUCCCAACAAUGUCGUACACAGAUCUCCUUGCACUCGCCCAUCGCACACUCUGUCGCAGGGUUUCUGGUAUUUCGGAUGACACGAGCCAGGGAAAUGGUAAUGACCCAUUUGAAGGUGAAAAGACAGAUGCUGGCGCAGGCCCCUCUACAUCUGCUACCACGGAGGAGGUCCUCGCAGGAAAGGGAGGUGAAAUGAAGAGCGCAAAGGGGACUAGUGCACAGGAGGACGACGAACAUACGGCCUUUGCUAAGCAUGUCCUCGCCUCACCGCCGUUCCCUGAUGCCCAGGAUGGGCUGCGCAGACUCGCGCGGCAUUUCCAGCUCGUCGUCCUAAGCAAUGUUGAUAAAUCAGGAUGGAAGCAGAUGGAGGAGAUGCUCUGCUCACCCGAGCCUUCAGCGCCACCACUCACCGCCAGUUCCACGGCUAUUAAUGCAUCUUCCUCUUCUCCCUUUUCUAUUGUUCUUCACGCGCAAGAUCAACUAUCAUCAGCUGGUAACACCGAUUCGGUCUCGCGGACCGUUGUUAAUGACGUACUCAAAACUAUACAUUCUACAAUCGACAUGACCCCUGAUCAAGUCAUUGUGGUGUCCCACAGCUUCGUCCCAGCGAGCGUACAGGUGAGGAGUGUCUGGAUAGAAAGGGAGGGUAGCGUACUUGGAGUGCGGGGUUUUGGCGGCUGUGAAAGCAAUGGUAGCGAAGAAGGAAAGAAAACUUCGACAUGGCACUUUUCGACUUUGAGCGAGCUUGCAGACGCAGUUGAAGGGGAGAUCGAUAUGGGUAAAGUCUAGGAAACCAAUCGAAAUCAAGGGAUAUCGUCGUUAGAUUUUGAGACAAGCAUGAAAAUGUCGUCCUGGUUCUUAUCAUGCAGAUAACAAUGUACCAUAGUCGUUAUGAUAUCAAUGUUUUAAUCUUCACGG